UAUUAACAGCGGCUAGAGGUAUACAUGCUCAUCUCUCAGCAUCAGUAGCACCGCUAUAUAACCUGCGCAUCCGUACAGCAGCCUGUCACAACAGACUUCGCAGGACCUCUAACACACCUGGAAGGGCAUGCAACUCACAUAAGAAGACAUUCUGCAGGAGAAAGCGUGCGAGAAUGACCAAGUCAUACACAGAGGGGGGCAUGAUGCCGGAGUCCCAGAGUGCUUCAAAUUGGACUGAUGAAUGUCUUAGUUCCCAAGAUGAGCACGAUAUGGAAAAGAAGAAUGAGGACCAAGAGGAGAUAGGCAAGGAUGAUGAUGUAGAUGAUGUAGAUGGCCUCAACCGACUCGAAGAUGAUGACGACGACGAGGAAGAUGAGGAGGAAGAUGGCGACGAUCAGAAACCCAAGAGACGCGGGCCGAAGAAGAAGAAAAUGACAAAAGCUCGACUCCAGAGGUUUAAAAUUAGACGCAUGAAGGCGAACGCGCGGGAGAGGAACCGCAUGCACGGGCUCAACGAUGCGCUCGAGAGUUUGCGUAAAGUUGUGCCGUGUUACUCGAAAACUCAGAAGCUCUCAAAAAUAGAGACACUAAGGCUGGCUAAAAAUUAUAUAUGGGCUCUUUCUGAGAUUCUACGUUCGGGUAAGAGUCCAGAUUUGAUGUCCUUUGUGCAGGCCCUAUGCAAAGGAUUAUCACAGCCAACCACUAAUUUGGUAGCAGGUUGUCUCCAGCUGAACCCCAGAACUUUUCUUCCAGAGCAGAGUCAGGACAUACCCCCUCAUAUGCAAACAGCCAGUGCUUCCUUUGCUACUCAUCCCUAUUCUUAUCAAACCCCUGGUCUUCCCAGCCCGCCAUAUGGUACAAUGGACAGCUCCCACGUUUUUCACGUCAAGCCGCAUUCCUACGGAAGCGCACUGGAGCCGUUUUUCGAAUCUGUACUAACAGACUGCACUAGUCCCUCAUUCGACGGACCUCUGAGCCCCCCUUUAAGUGUGAACGGGAACUUUUCAUUCAAGCACGAGCCGUCUUCAGAGUUCGAAAAGAACUACGCCUUCACCAUGCAUUACCCAGCGGCAGGUCUGGCGGGACCGCAGGCUCACCCGUCCCUUUACGCGAGCUCCGCACAGCGUUGCGAGAUACCGAUGGAAAACAUCAUGUCAUAUGACGGACAUUCUCACCAUGACAGAGUCAUGAACGCGCAACUGAAUGCUAUAUUCCACGACUAACGAGUACAGUGACACACUGUUAAAGACUGUCUGAAAGCAUUUACGCAUUUGGAUUUCACUGAUGCAAAAGUGCAAAUAUUACAUGCUUAAACUUAUGUACGUAUUUAUUAUUGUUACUGCCUUUAGGUGAGGUUGGAAUGAACACUCCUGUUCGCCUUAUGUAUUAUACUCUAUAGCGCUUCUAUAUGACGGUCACAAUGGGAAAUCGAAGUGGUCGUAUUCCGAAUGUUAUAAUAAUAUCAUCCAUGUAACAAAAUCACAAGCAAUAAUUUGGAAACUAUGCAAUUUUUAAACAGAUAAUGGGCCAAUCGAGAAAAUUAACAAAGAUAUAUAUUUUUUUCAACUACAUUUUACUACUAGUCUAUUCCAUACUGAAUUAUUUUGCUGUGAUUUUGUACAGAAUUCUUAAUUAACUUUUAUAAGGUCAAGUUCCUAUUUUAUCCCAUGCAACUCCAUCAAUGUUUUAUAAAAUAAUAGAGGUAUGUCUUGUUUAUACGAAACAGUGAUGAUGGUAGUAAUAAUGCUAUGAUUUAACCAGCGGGAAAGUGCUCAGUUAUAUGUUAAGUUGCCUUGGCACUUUUUUACUGUAAAAUCAAGCAAGGUUGCAAAAGGUUGCACAAAUCAUCUAAUUUUCUUUAAAUUUCUGUUUUCCUUAAGAAUCAAAAAAAAUAAUUAUAUGGGUGGACGCUAAGACGCUUCCUAGAAGUUAUAAAGUGCGUCAUCUUUUCUGGGUGAUUCCCUAUGUACAGAAAAAACGCUUGACUAUCACUUGAAGUUUAGUUGCCCUAUUUUUAGCUGUACAAAUUAGACAGUAAUCACAGCUGUCCCCCUCGAUUCUGGAAAGAAAUCCCUGGACUUGAAUAAGAAACGUAAUAUAGCGGAAUAGAUAUUGCAUGUACAAAUGCGGUUCAGAAUAAGUGCUGUUUGAGGUGUAAUGCCGGUUCAACUUAAUGAAAUUUGUAUUGUAUUUUUGUUUGUUAACUUGUACAAUAUGAUGUAAUGCCACAUCGCAUUGAGGCUUACAACGCAUUUCUUAUCUAUUUAAAUUGCAGAUAGUGUUGAAUAUUUGGUCAAAAGUUACAUUUCUCCUUCGAUGUGAUUUCUUAGUGUACGUAAUUCCUAUGGGAUUAUUGUUUUUAUUUUGAUAGCUCAUAAAAGGCGCGAAUGAUUAUUUGUAGAAUAAAGUCCAUAAUUAAAAUUUUUCCACUUA